AUGUUCUCUGACACAGAUUCACUUGCAGCACUGAGUGAUAGCAGCUAUGACACUGAUUUGGCUGCAUCAUCUGACUCUGAUGAUGACUGCUCUGAUAUUGAGUUUGAUCCUGAUGGGGAGAUAGUUGAUAUGGAAGAUGAGUAUGAUCUUCCCGACUUCUCAUAUGAUGUUGAUGAUCCUUGUAUUGAUGUAAAUGUGGUGUUCCUAGAUGUGGAUCAGUGCAAGUCAGCAGUUACACACCAUGCUAUCUUGAAUGACCAUGCUUUCGAAAUAGUGAAAAAAGACAAGACACGUUUUAGAGCCAAAUGCAAGAGAGCUGAUAGGGGUUGCAAAUGGACUUUUUUUGCAUCUACAAGCAAGAAAUACAUUGGAUGCAAGGUUAAGACCAGUGGACCAAAGCACACUUGUGGUUCUUUCAACAAGUGUGGUGAUACAAUGGCUAAUAACAAAUGGGUAGCUGAUCGAGUUGUCAACUUGUUGUGGGAUGACCCUGAAAUAGGAACAAAGGAGUUACAGGAAACUCUAAUGAAGAAGUACUCAAUUGAAGUGCCAUAUGAUCGAGUUGUUAGAGGCAAGUUGAGAGCACUAGAUAUGAUAUAUGGCAAAUGGGAUGACAGUUAUGACUUCCUACCUACAUAUCAAGCUGAGCUUCUGAGAUCACUACCUGGCAGUAUUGUUGACCUACAAACUGAAGAGCACAAUGAAAAAGUGUGUUUCAUGAGGUUCUUUGUAGCUCUCAAACCAUGCAUUGAUGGAUUUUUGCAAGGAUGUAGACCCUAUAUUGCCAUGGAUGCAACACACUUGACAGGGAGAUCAAGAGGUCAGUUAGCAUCAGCUGUUGCAGUGGAUGGUCAUAACUGGUUAUUCCCAGUUGCAUAUGGAGUCAUAGAGGCCGAGACUAAGGAGAGCUGGACUUGGUUUGUUAAUAACUUGAAGAAGGCAAUUGGUUCUCCGCCAGGUUUGGUCAUUAGUACAGAUGUAGGCAAAGGAAUAGAAGGGGCAGUAGAAGAGGUGUUCCCAGGAGUUGAACAUAGAGAAUGCAUGAGGCACUUGUGGAAGAACAUGAAGAAAAGUUUUAGUGGAGAACUAUAUGGCAAGAACAUGUGGUGUGCAGCCAAGAGCUUCACAGUUUCCAAAUUUAACUACUUUAUGGGGAAGAUACAAGAGAAGGAUCCUAGUGCCCUUGAAUGGUUGGAUGAGAAUCAUCCAUAUGUGUGGAGCAGAAGCAAAUUCUUUGAAGACUGCAAGGUAGAUUACAUCAAUAACAACCUCUCUGAAUGUUUCAAUAGUUGGGUAUCAAAAACCAAAGACUUUCAAAUUAUAGAAAUGCAUGACAAGAUUAGGCAAAUGAUUGUUGAGAAAUUUUUGGUGAGGUCCAAGAUUGGUAGAAAUAUGUCAGGAGUGAUAAUCCCAGCUAUCACCAAUGCUCUGAAUGCUAAAACAAAGACUAUCAAAGAUCAUGAUGUCUUAAUAUGUGGAGCUGGGACAGCUGAAGUAACUGUGAACAAAUUUAGACAUGCAGUGAACUUGGAGUUGAAAACAUGUUCUUGUAGGGUUUGGCAAGUCACUGGAAAGCCUUGUAGUCAUGCUCUAGCUUUCAUUGCAAAGCUUAGUAGGGAGGUACAGAUGGAUGAGUUUGUACAUGAAUACUUCUCUGUUGAUAGGUUUAGAAAGACAUAUGAUGGUACUUUCACUCCAAUGACAUCCAAGGACCAAUGGCCAAAAGUUGAUUUGGGCUACAAAAUCCAAAAGCCUAAACUGAGAAGGAAGCCUGGGAGACCAAGAAAGUCUAGGAUAAAGGCUUAUGAUGAAAUUAGCACUAGUAAAAAAAGGAGACCAUGUACUGAAUGCAAUGAACUGGGCCAUACAGCUAAACAUUGUCAAGGAGGCCUUACUGCUAGUCAAAAGAGGAGGCAGACAUCUUCACAAGAUGGUUCUGCGAUGGACUGCAACGAUUCUGUGUAA